GUUAUAUAUAAUCCAGAUGACAUCAUCACCAGUUUCGGUCUACCACUGGAAGGAUUCCAGAGCACGAAGUGGCAGAACUUUGGAAUGCUCUUACUGGUGUGGGCCUUGACAAAAGUCCUGGCAUACUGUGCCCUUAUAUUCAAAAAGUACGGGCGUAUAGAUUAG